CCAGUCCGUCCUUUAUUGGCCACACACUGCCUUGAAACCUUGACCUCCAGACGGCUGUGACGGUGCCUGCCCUGACAUAUUCGGCGAAUUUAGUUUGUUCUGCUGCCGAUCGACACGAUGAUCCGUCCUGAUUCGCCAUAGGUUCUGCUUUCUCUGGGACUAACUCAUAGCUUGGCCGUCCCCGCUCCUGCCCAAAGCGGCCCUCGAGCUUUAGACUCACCCACGAUCUGGUAUCCUUGGAGAUUGCCAAUGCAAAUCGGUCUGACGAACCGCCUAGCAUCAUCUAGAGGGACAUCACAGCUACCGUCAUCCAACACAGUCACCGCUACCACGCAACCAACGAAACAUUCCAAACGACCGAGCCCCUCGUCUAGGCCUUCCAUUUCCGACUAGGUUCCAACUCCGACCUGGUGCAUAUCAACACCCAAACUUACGCCCACAUCAAAAUCACGCCAACACACAAGGCACCUCAUGGCGUCCGUGCGAACCUUCUCAUUGCCGCACUACGAGGCCUACCCUGUCCACGUGGCUCUUUUCAAGGAUGUCAAAAACGCCUCCUUCCUGAGGCGUCAAUUACUCGAAGCCAAUCCAGACUACGACUAUGCCUUCUUGGAUGCAUCCAUGAUACUCACACCCCAUCACCUCCUCUCUGCCACCUUCCUCGCCCUCCACGGCCACUUGACCCACCGCGCAAAAACACGAACUCCCCAUUCCGAACUAGUUUUUCGCCUCUCACCCAACAACAAUAUCGGAGAGUCCUAUAAGAAAUUUGGCAUCGCCGAUACCACCACCGCGCUCAUUGCCGUUAAACUACCUUUGUCUCCAUCAUCCACUGCGUCAACAGAUGAAAAGUCUACUUACGAAAAGGAUGAGAGUAUCACGAAUGAGAGCGUAAGUUCGCAUUUGGGAAGUGCGGUAGAGGGAACUAGUGUGGAGUUGGGAGAGACAGGGGAGGAGUUGGGUAUGUGGUGUGAUGUUGACAAGGUGAGGAAGGUGUACAAAUUGGGUGGAGAUGGUGGGAAGAAGGGUAAGAAAGGCGCAGUUAAUGGGGAUGGUGGUGACGUAGAGAGGAGGAAAGCGGAGGAAAAGAAGGACAUCGAAAGCGUUGUUCUAGGUAUUAUUGCCCUGAAAGGGUCGUGAAAAGGGAUGGGAUCGUAUGAGAGAUGAUGAGACGACAGUAUACGAGCACCACAGACGUAUGAGUAGAACACACGAUUCAACUCAAAGAAACUUCUCUCCAGCUAUGCCACAGGUCUUCGCGACCAUAUAGAUAUAUCUACACUCCAUAAUCUAUGACAAAGGCACCAAAGCUUAAACCUCCAUGUAUUCGGGCUUGAGGAAGUCGGC